CUCGUUUGAAUGCAAGAUGGGAAAAACCUGUCUGGCGCGAUCUUGUUGUCCCUGUGCUUCAAAGGCAUCCAUCGUACUGAUGAUGCUCCACAAGAGUGGGUGCCGACUCAUGCUGGGCCUUGAGGCACAGAAGGGCCACUUGAACAGUCUGCGUUCGUGCAGCGACCGGAAGCAGCGCGUUUUGUGGAACCUGCUCGACGUCCAGCAUGGAUUCAAAGCCGCCCAAGUCGAAGGUGGCACCUGCGCGACGUUCAACGGCAUUCCCCUAUGUUGCCACCGCGGGUCCGCAUGCUUUACCUUCCUCUGCACGAGAUCAAGGCGAAGCUGCGACUGAGGUGAUGGCGGACUCUAGACCUUCACCAAAACAGUCGACUGUCGCGUCGCUGAUUGCAACACCCAUCAUAACAAAAGCUUUAGCCGAGUCGACGCCAUGCCCGACGUUCCAACCCGACUUCGUUGAGCCUUUAUCGUGGGGACAACUCGAGUCCAUGCGGGAGGCACGGCCGGCAUGGUUGACGGAGCUUUCCAUGACGAUAUUUGGUACAUGCGUCCCAAGGCUUGAUGCACACGUAUCGAGGAAGGCAUGUGUUUGAAAACGGUUCCGCUGGAUGUCCCAUCGAUAAAAAAAGUUGACGUUGUUGCACGG